CUGCCGGAAUAUUUUUAGUUCAGACCGGAGCAGCCAUUGCAUAAUUGCAUUGCUAAAUGCUCCCGCCAAAAUCAAGUCUCCCGCGGAAUUUCCGACGUCUCGUUAGCUUCCGUACCGAGGUCUCGUCUCCUCCUCCGCCGGCGAAGCCUCCUCGCCUCUCUCUCCUUGCGGACCAUUGCACCUCAAUGGACCAACUGAAGCAAAUCCACGCCCAAAUGAUCAUCACCGGCCGUAUCCACGACAACUACGCCGCCAGCCGCAUAUUCUCCUUCGCCGCUCUUUCUCUCGCCGGCGACCUUACUUACGCGUUGGAACUUUUCGGUAGCAUCCGGCAGCCCAACACAUUCAUGUGGAACACCCUAAUUAGAGCCCAAGCGAGUAGCUCAAAACCACAAGAAGCCUUGUUUCUCUACGUGAAGAUGCGCAGGCUCUGCGUUGUUCCUGGUAAACACACGUUCCCUUUUUUACUCAAAGCUUGCUCCAGCUUAAAGCGAUUUGACGUUAUUCAACAAGUCCACACCCAUGUUUUCAAGUUCGGGUUGGAUUUAGAUUUACAUGUGGUCAAUGGACUGAUCAGGGCGUUCUCUGUUUCCGCUGCCUUGAACAGUGCCCGUAAACUGUUCGACGAAUUUCCUGAGAGAAACUUAACGAUAUGGACGACAAUGGUGUGUGGGUAUGCUCAGAAUGCCAGUCCGGAUGAAGCAAUUAAAUUGUUCAAACGAAUGAUUGCAGAUGGGGUGGAGCCAAAUGCCGCCACUCUAGCCUCCGUGCUAUCAGCUUGUGCACAAGCCAGCUGCUUAGAAUUAGGGCAACAGAUUCAUGUAUACAUGGAGGGGAAAGAUAUAGGAAUGGGAGUGAUCCUAGGAACAGCAUUAGUAAACAUGUAUGCCAAGAACGGAGCAAUAACGGAAGCCACAAAGUUCUUCAGUAGCAUGAAGGAGAAGAACAUUGCAACUUGGAACGCGAUAAUCGGUGGCUUGGCAGCUCACGGGCACGCAAAAGAAGCAAUCCACUUAUUCAACAAUCUAGUGGAAUCAGAAGGAAAUGUGAAGCCAAAUGAUGUUACAUUGUUAGGGGUUUUAUCUGCCUGCUGCCAUGCCGGAUUCCUAGACUAUGGCCGCCAAGUUUUCAACUCCAUGAAAAACUUGUAUGGCAUAGAGCCCAAGAUAGAGCAUUAUGGCUGCAUGGUGGACCUUCUAGGGCGAUGCGGGGAGCUGUUAGAAGCGGAGCAGCUGAUACGAGGAAUGGUUUGGAAGGCGGACGUGGCUAUUUGGGGAUCCCUGUUAAGAUCGUGUCAGAGCCAAGGGAAUAUAGAUGUAGCGGAACGAGUGGUGAAAGAGAUCCUUGUUUUGGAUCCCAACAAUCAUGGAGUUUAUGUUGGUUUGUCCAAUGUGUAUGCGGAGUUAGGAAGAUGGGAGGAUGUGUUGCAACUAAGGAAGGAAAUGAAACAAGGGAGUCUAAAGAAAACACCUGGGUGGAGCUAUGUAAAUACGAAAUAGAUAAGCCUUGCUUAAUGAAUUUUGCCAAAG